UAAACUAUGAGCAAUGGAUUCCACCACGAAUACACAAUCCAGGUGUGCCUGGUAACAGUGAAAUGGGUACAGAACCAGAGAACAAAGCAGAGUCCAGGGGAACAUUGAAACGACUACAGAAAUUGGUACGAACCAAGAAAACGAGUACACAAAGCUUGGAAGAUGUCAAGCACGUUCUGGUCCCCCUCAAUACCUUAGAAGAUAAUUAUCUCUCUGAAGAGGAUGAAGAGGCGCUAACUUCUUGCAUGAAGCUGUCAAAACCUCAGGACAAGAAGACGUGGAAAGACAGCACAAGGAGAAAAGAAGAGACCGAGACCAGGGCGGAUUUUAUUUCUGCGUCUCUGGGCCGCUCAUACACUUCCAGACUCAAUAACUUAGGAACUAUUUCAAUUCAUUCCGAAACAGAAUUUCACUUGUGGAGUGACUGGAAGCCAUUUCCUGACAACCAGCUCUGUCCUUGUGACUUCUUAAUUUCAAAAAUAGAAGAAUGGGAAAACUGUACUUGCUCUUCUCAUCAGCCACAUCUUACAUAUUCCCUAACUGAUAUGGAUCUACAGUACUCCUGGCGCACCAGCAGCUUUGGAAGCUUUGACCGUUUCAGGCAUCACUCAAUAUCAAAGGCAGAUGAUUCAGCUGAGAUAUGUGAGCUGGAGACUAUAAGUGACAUUGGGGAAGCAGUACAAACCAAAGCAGCAAACAAUGGAGGAACUCUGGGCAAGAAGAUGAGAGCCAUUUCACUUACCAUGAGGAGAAAGAUGGGUAAAAAAUACACCAAGGCACUGUCCGAGGAGAUGAAUGAAGAGGGAAAAGAUGACAGUGAUCCUGGUGGUGGAACACACACUGAGAAGGUCUCCCUGAAAACCAGUGACUCUUUGGAAAGUCUCUAUAGCCUGAACAGUGGCCAGAGCUCAUCUAGUGGGGUGACGAGCUGCUCCGAUGGCACGAGCAACAGGGACAGCCUGCGCUUUGAUGACGAGGUGCCCUACAACGGCCCCUUCUGCGGCCGAGCCAAAGUCCACACCGACUUCACACCGAGCCCUUACGACACCGACUCACUCAAAAUCAAGAAAGGAGACAUCAUAGAUAUCAUCUGCAAAACACCCAUGGGCAUAUGGACUGGCAUGCUGAACAACAAAGUAGGAAAUUUCAAGUUCAUUUACGUGGAUAUUAUCUUGGAGGAAGAAGCUGCACCCAGAAAGAGAAACCCACACAGAGGAAGCAAAAGGACCAAGUCUAAAACAUUGCAAGAGCUCCUGGAAUGCGUCCACCUGCAGGAAUAUGCCUCAACCCUCUUGCUAAAUGGCUAUGAAACUCUAGAGGACUUAAAGGAUCUACAGGACAGCCACCUGAUCGAAUUAAAUAUUUCAAACCCAGAAGACAGGGCAAGAUUGUUAUCAGCAAUUGAAAAUCUCCAGGAAUGUGACAUUGAACAACAGCAGAACAGUGAGGGAGGUCAGGAGACUCAGAACUUAAGCUCUCACCAGAGCUUUGACAAAUCACAGUUAAAUGACUGUCCAAGAGAUUCCGGCUGUUACAUCUCAUCAGAAAAUUCAGAUAAUGGUAAAGAAGAAGCAGACCCAGAAGCCCUGUCUGACAUGGUGCAGUCAAUAACAAUCAGUGAGUCAAACUGAUUCGGUCCUGCUGCUUUUCUGCAGAUUUUCAGAAAAGACAAUCACAUUCGUCAGUGCAACAGCAUGGAAGCAGAACACAGAAUAUUGUCAACACUGAAAAUCUACUUUUAUCUGAUCCAUGAUGCUUUAAACUGUUUAAUACGUGGACACUUGAUAGCGAAAUGCUAGUUGAUAAUAGGAAUUUCUCACCUUUUUCUUUUCAAUGAAUCCACAGAUAUUUAAAAAAAAAAAAAGUUUAUACAAAAGUAUUUAUAAAUAUUUGUACAGCAAAUGCAUUUUCUGUAACAAUAGAGAAUUUUUUAGGUUCAUAAUCUGGAGAUGUUCAU